AUGGUGCUGCCUGAAGGCAUCGAAUCGGAUCGGCAGCUGGACACGCUCCGAUUGGCCGUGAAGAAUCUCCAGGAUCUUGGUGAGAAGCUGAAGGACAAGUUGCAGGCACCACGCGCAAAGUCCUUCAUUCAGGACAUCGUGAGGAGUUUGGAUCCAGAAACGAAUCCUGCUGGAUAUCGCAUUUGCCAAGACGAAUUGGUCCGUUUGGGAGGUGCCUCGGCCUUAAUUGAAACCGUGGGAAAAGUGAACAGCGACCUUGUACGAAGCUUGGCGCUGGAAGCCUUGGCACGGAUGAUGUUUGGAAAUGCCAAAGUUGCUGAAGCUGUUCUGCAGAGCUGCGAGCUCCUUCCCAUGAUGAGGAUGGUGUUCUCCAAUGGCUCCGCGCCAGAGCAGCUCACGGCAUUGCAAUUGGCACAGGUCAUGGCAGCAUCAGAAGUGGACCAAAGCCAUGCCUUUGCGUUGUUGCAAGAGGCCAAGGGGUUUCUGCAGGACAACAAGGGCUUUGCUCCGAUGUCUCAAGCAGCACUUGAAGUGUUUGUGUCAAUAUCCUUCUCACACCCAGUGGAAGUGAUCUCCUGUCUUGGAUGCGCUCGUAUCAAGCAACUCUUUAGUGAGCAGGAGGACAAGCUGCAGGCUUUCGUUUGUGGCUUGUUGGUGUCGAACUGCCUGGGUUAUUUGGAAGAGUCGGAGGCCCAUGAGUUGCGCGAGAGCUUGCUCUCGGGCACAUUCUUGGAAAACUAUGUGCAGUGUUUGCAAGCCUCCUUCCAAAAGUGCGACUGGCCUGAAAACUCCAAUGCCUUCCACUCGCCUGGACGCUUAGCCAUUGUUGCGCAGGCUUUGGCGGCACAAGGCCUGGGCCGGCACUUGCUGCCAGCAGUGCCCUUGCUGGUACAAGCUGUGGAGUGCGACGAUGCAGUGCCCACCCUGCUGGUGACCUUGAAAAUCCUGGCGGCGGAUCCCCGGUGCUUACAGAUCUUGCUGGCCGAGGAAUCCUUUCGGCAAAACUUGGACUCCAUGCAUGACAGCGGCGAUGCCCUCGCCACAGAACUUUUGGGAUAUAUGGAGCUGGUGGAGAGCCGUGGCUGGGUUGUGACCAACCUCGCCGAAUCUGGCCAGGCGGCCAAGUCUGCACAAGCACAGGAGAAUCCCAAUGCGCCAGAGGUGAUGCAACUGGCAGUGACCUGGACAUUGGAUCGUUACCUAUUGUGUCACUAG